AUGUCUGUAGACCUUCAGCAAUCCCUCACAGAGCUGCAACAACUCUUUGACGCUCCAGGGGGAUCAAAGGACGAGGUGACCAAAAGACUAACGAAGCUGAAGCUCGAGCUCGCCUCAUCAGGUUUAUACUUUGCUCCACCUACUGCCAAUACCCAGGAUCUCGUAGCUGCUAGAUCAAUCCUGGAACUGGGUUCUUUCCACUCCCUUCGACAAGGCAAUCUCAAGUCAUACGCACAGUACAACUUUGCAUUACAACCUUUCUACUCGAAUCUUGACUCGAUUCUUCCACCUUCGCCGAACAGACCUAUAACUUUGGGUUUACAUUUAUUAGCUUUAUUGAGUGAAGGUUUAUUGACUGAAUUUCACACUUUGCUGGAAACGUUAAAAGUGGACGCACUAAAUGAUGUAUUUGUCAAACUUCCUGUGGAUCUAGAGAGAUGGUUGAUGGAAGGAGCAUAUAACAAGGUCUACCGAGCGAAAGAUAGAGUACCAAGGGAAGAGUUUGGCUUCUUACUCGAGAGACUGAUGGGGACCGUCAGAGGACAAAUCGCAGCAACGAUAGAAACUUCUUAUGCUUCUUUACCACUCGCAUCAGCAGCUACCUUAUUGUUCUACAAAUCUGGCGACCCAUCGCAACUGACUGAAUACACUUUCCAAAGGGGGUGGUCGUUUUCACCUGCAACUCACACCUUCACUUUCCCAAAAUCAGCUAAACCUGAUAUCGCGUUAGCCGCUGUCCAACCUUCCGAGUCUUCAACUGCGACCAUAGAUGCCAUGAAGGGCAAAGGUGUCAAUAAAGGUGUUCCAAUGAGAACAAUGGUAGGACCAGCGUUGAAACUGGCUCAACAAUUAGAAGCCAUUGUGUAA